UCGGAACGAGACGUGCAAAAACUGAGCUUAGAUUAUUUUUUUUAAGGCAAAGGUGCUCAGGUCACACACAAUUUUUUGGCAAGUUGUGUUGUGUUGCAUAUCAGGAACAAAAAAAAAUCGCAAGAAGCACUUUAAAAAUUAAAAAAAAAAAAAUAUUUUGUGUGAGAAAUAGUGAAGACAUCAGCAUAUCAGGUCACAAUUUUUACAUAUCACACGGGAAAAAAAAAUAACAAACAUUCAACAGGCACAGAGAAGGACUCCCUUGACAAAAAAACGAGAGAUAAACGUAAUCCAAUAUAAUUAACUGUUGAUCUUUGUGCGAGCACGAAGAACAAGCAAAAUAUCUAAAACAAUUUAUUUAAGCCAAAUUACAUCGUAAAUAACGAGUAAUCCUUGAAAAAAGCUUAUCAGAAAACUUUUACGGGUUCGGUGAGAUUUUUCUUUUCGAAGAUUUAAUAAUAAAAAAAAAAAAAUCAAGUGCGUCACUGCAAGUGUCGAAGGGAAAAAAAGCAAUAAAACGACGAGAGCCCUUUAUCGCAGAAAAUCAUCGCGCCAGAGACAAAAAAGAGACAUUUAUCAUCAACGUUUUCUCUCGUACAAUUUCUUGCAUACCGAGGAAAUUUGUUAUCUGCGGAAAAAUUUUAAUUAACGUCUAUAUAUUUGGAUAUUCCUCAUCAUAUCUCGCAGUGUGAAGCAAAAAAAAAAAAUAUUAAGAAAAAAAGACACCCCAUCUACAAAAACGAAUCAUAUCAACAGUUGUACAACUCUAAUCCACAUAGUCAACAGGAGAUAGAUCCAAUAUCAUUUACCAACAAGAACACCAAUUUUGGUGCAAAAACCAUUUAAAAUAAACGUGUCAAUUAGUUUGCAUCCCACACAGUCUACUCUGCUCUACAUUAUAAAGUGUGCAAAACAGACAUAAAAUAUCUAUAAAAAGAACGAAUGCACCCAUUUUAGAUGUACGAAAAUAAUUAUAUAAGAGAAGCACUUAACUAGAAGCAGCAGAAGCAGGCAACAUCACAAAUCAAUUAAGAGCACAUACUUAUUAUCGCACUCUCACAAGCACUCACAAAAUUUACAAUUAAAUCCUUUUAAUGCACCAUUUGCACCAUCAAUGUUUUUCUUGCACAAAUAUUUUGCGAUUUUCUAGCGCCGGAACCAUGUACAGUUUUUAUCAGAAAGUUCUUCUUACGUUUACCGCAGUUGUAUUAAUUUUGUCAUCAAAUGAACACUCGAUCGCUCACGGCCAGGAUUUGUUCGGCAAACGAGAUUAUGGCUUGGAACGGAACAGUGCGGAUGCGAAUGGAGAAGCAAUUGCCACAAAUAGUUUGUCAUCGCUGAGUCCGAAUGAGCCAUCAUGUGAAGAGUUGCGAAUGAUGUGGAGAUUCUCGAAGAGACAAUCUCGUUCGUCUGAAAUAUCAAAUGAACUUCCGACAUAUCGCGAUCCAUUCGCGUACAACAUCUGGAAGCCGUACAAUCCAUCAACACGUAGCUUCGAAGGCAGACAAAGGAGCAGCAACAAGUAUCGUGAUCCGGGUGCCGCAUUGUCAACACGACCUGUGUAUGGGCGCGUCGUAAAUCAUCAGCCGCUCGGGCGACUACAAGAGUACCCGGAUCGUGGCCGUACCAUGGAUCGAUUCUACGUGCCCGAAUACAAGACGUCGCCCGAACAGCCCUCGCGUUAUCGCAUGACGUCAAAUCGGAUGGCAGGCGGCGGCGGAGGCGUCAUUUUGCCUCCCGCCCGAAACACAAUUACUCCGCAACGUGGCAGCUUUGGACGCUUAAAGGAACUCGUAUGGACUGAGAGGGCACGUGAACUGCAGGCACAACGGAAAGCGGAGGAAAUUGCUGCACGCAUGGCUGUUUUGAAGAAUAUCGCAAAUGGACAAAGCACCGCUUUCCAAGCAAUAGAUUUCUAGAGAAAAACAGCAACCCAGAGAUGAAACAACAGCGAAGAAGGAAAAACUUGAACACAACAACAAAUGACAAUAAAUAAACAGCUGUGGAAUAAAUGUUAUCCCACAUUAUCAUCAUUAUCGCAACUUUUUUGUUUUGUUUCAACGCUCAGCAAGCAGCUCACUGGAGUUUUAAUCUGCUCAUUUUCUUAAGCCAGGCGAGAAAAAAUAAAUAAAUAAAUCUAAAGCAGUCACCACCCACAUCUUUCGUGAUGUCGCUCCAAAUGUGUCGCACUCACAUUUUCCACACAUUUAAGCAUUCAACACCCGAAUAACGACUCAAUUAUAAUUUGAGUGUGCUUCAUUUUUUUUUGUCACCAAGUUUUUAUCUUGAUGUGACGUUAAAACAGUGGUUAGCACGCUUGGGUUACUUGCUCAUAGCUUUUAAUAUAGUAAGCGAAUAUUUGAACAAUAUUGUUUCAUUUUUUAAACUAACAACAGGCUGGAAAUACAAAAUUUUACACGCAACCUUUUAAAAACGACUAAAUUUAAUUAGCAAAAUUUUCAUAAUUAAGUAAAAUUUAAAAGCUCUGACGUAGAUUUCACAAUUUUAAUUUUCGGCACAGAGUCAAAAUAAUUAAGCACUAAAGAUAUUUGGUUGGAAAAUUUGUUCUUAAUUGAGAGACAAAUUAUUUUCAACAAAACAGGCUGAAAAAUACAAACUUUUGAAUAUCUAAUGAGGAUACAAAUCAAACAAAUAAUUAAAGUUCUCAUAAUAAUUCCAAUUUAUAUAAAAACUUUUACAACUACCGUCAUGUGAACUUUUGCAGUCUCCCUUUUUCUGUGGAAGGAGUAAUUAAAACGAGACAUGAACUUUUUUCUGUAGAUGCAGAUUUUUUUUUGUUCAAAUGUGGUUGCCAACAGAGACGGGCAGAAUAUGUUUAGAAUUGUUUGCCAUUUUCAGGUGAAUAGUUGUGAAAGUUUUGAUAUUUUUGUUGGUGGUGGAAGACUUUUGAAAAACAAAAAUGUUUUCAUUAAUUUUAUUUUUCAGUGAAAAACCGAAAAUUUGAAUCUAGGAUUCCUGGAAAAAAGAUCGAAUGGUAAGAAUUGAACUUUAAACAUUUUAGCUGGUAUUCUUACCACUAGACAA